AAAUAAUAAUAACGAUCUUCCCAACUCUUUAACCCGAUGGAUCCAAUCGAAUGUGUGGCUGUGAUUUUUAAUGUAUGCCACGCAGAUCUCUGUAAAUUAUCCAUGGCAAAUGAUAAGAGGAAACAUAAGUAGGGUAUAAAAAUCACUGCAGAGGAAUUGCAAGAGCACAAACAAAGACGUGGAGCGGGCGAAGUUUGGAUUAGAACCGGUCACACUUAUCCAUUGGGUUUCCUGGGUUAAAUCUAGAAUUGGUUUCAGUUGUUUUUUGAACUAGUGACAUUAUUUCAAAGGUUUACAAGCGAAUGCUUUGAUAACUGGGGUUUCAGUUCAAUUGCUGAACCCUUUGUCGGACAGUGCUAUUUUUCCACCACAAUUUUCAUCCAAUCCAGAAGUAUGCUGAUAAUCCAUUUGAGAAAUUUCAUUUUUUCUGGUACCGACUUUCUUUUUCUUCCCAGUUAAUGUGAAUUUGAUGAUUUUUUAAGUUUUAAGUUUCAAGACAGUUCAUAAUACUUCUGCAAUGUCAUUUACUCCUGCUUGUCCACGAUGGCCAUUGAGUGCUCUUCAUUCUCUGGCAUCCUCAACACAUUGCAAUGGUGCGUGUCUGCAAAUGUCAAUAAGCCCUUGCUUGUUAACAGCAAAACCUAAAAUCAAUAAACAGAUAUGUACAGACUCCUCUUAUAAUGUCAACAAACAGAAGACGUACUCAAACAAUCCCAGACAUCUUAGUGAUAAAUUUGACAGGCUUUUGUCAGAUAGGGAUAGUAGGCAGAAACAAAAGUACCCGUGGAGAAGUGAAGAAGAAGAAUCAGAAAAGCUUCCAUGGCAAAAGGAGGGCUUAUCUCCAAAGAAGCACAAUGGUCCUUAUUCUUUGAAGAAUCCUUCCAGGGAUAACAAGAAAACAGGCACGCUUAGAGACAAGCAAAAUACGGAGUUCAAUUCUUCGAGAGGGAGACCGCCAUUUGGCAACGGCCCCAUUAUGCCUACUGCUCCCUGGAUGCAAGGAUGGAGCAAUGUUCCAAUCAAGGACACCAAGAAGAAGGCCGAAAAAAGUAAAGUGGACUUGGAUUCUGAAAAUGAUGACUUGGGUCAAGUUCAGCAUUUCGACGGAGGUAAACGGAAAACUGCAAUGCACAGGAUAGUUAACAGGCUUAGAAAUCUUAGUAAUAUUGAAGAAGCCAGAAAAAGGGACAGAGAUGAUAGUAGUUCAAAUUCACCUGAAGAAACAUAUUUUGCGGAAAAGAAAAUUAUGCCAAGUAACAACAUUGGAACUUUACUUGAGAAAAGCUGGGGUGAUACGGAUCAGGAGAUUCAAGAAAAUGGAAAGGGGUCCAUGAAUAUUCCUUUGCCUUGGGAGAGAAUCAAUGCGAUUGCAAAAUCGGCAAAGCCUGAGAGGGAGAACAGAGUGAAAACCCCAACAUUGGCUGAACUUACGGUUCCUGACGCAGAGCUAAAGAGGCUGAGAACGCUUGGAAUUAGACUGAAAGAAAGAAUUAAUGUACCAAAGGCUGGACUCACUCAGAAUGUUCUUGACAAGAUACAUGAUCAGUGGAGAACCUCUGAGCUAGUGAGGCUCAAAUUUGACGAACCAUUAUCUGAAAAUAUGAAGAGAGCUCAUCAACUCUCAGAGGAUAAAACUGGAGGAUUUGUUAUUUGGAGGGCAGGGAGUGCUCUUGUUCUUUAUAGAGGAAGUAACUACGAGCCUCCUUCUGUAAGAGCUGCAAGGGCUCAGGCUAAAAUCAGCUCAGGUGUUGGUAUCCUGGUUGCAGAUAACAAGCCAUUUGUACCUGAUACAAAGUCAGCUUACCCAGUGACAAGAAGGAAGACAUCUGAUGUAUUGAAUGGAGAUGCAUCAAGCAGAUUGCUUGAUGCCUGUAGUGCAGCCAGUGCUCAACUUGGCCAUGAAAUUAUUACUAAUGAGGCACAGCUCAUUCCAUCUAUAGGAAAAUUGGAUCCUGAAAAGGAAAUAAAUUCCAUAUUAGAUGGAUUGGGCCCUCGUUUCAUUGAUUGGUGGGGGAAUGAUCCCUUGCCAGUAGAUGCUGACUUGCUUCCUGAAGUGGUUCCCAAUUACAAGACACCUUUCAGGCUUCUUCCUUAUGGUACGAAAAGGUCAAAAUUGAGUAACUCAGAAAUGACCAAUUUGCGUAUGCUUGCACGGCCACUACCGAUUCAUUUUGCCCUUGGGAGAAAUAGGCGUCUUCAAGGACUGGCCGCUGCUAUUGUAAAGCUUUGGGAAAGAAGUGAAAUCGCAAAGAUUGCUGUCAAGCGGGGGGUUCAAAAUACCAAUAAUAAACUAAUGUCUGAGGAGAUUAAGGAACUUACAGGAGGCAUCCUACUUUUAAGAAAUAAGUAUUUUAUUAUAAUUUAUAGAGGAAAGGACUUUCUACCUCCACUUGUUGCCAAUGUAUUAGCAGAAAAAACAGCAGAGGCAAAGGUCUUUCAAGACGAUGAAGAAGAUGCAAGGUUGAGAGCAGCUGCAGCAGUGCAGGCGAGGGCUGAUAUGGGAACUAGUCUUGCUGGUACACUGGCUGAAACCUUAGAGGCCAGAGCACGCUGGGGGACAGAAUGUGAAGAUCCACAGAAGACAAGGGCAGCAGCUGCUGAGGCCAAGAAGGCUGAAGCAGAAAGGAAGCUUCAGCAGAAGAUAGCUAUUGCCCAACUAAAGAAGCAGAAAGCAGAGAAGGAAUUAUCUAAAUUAGAAGCAUUUUUGUCACCUGCUGAACCACCAGAAGAUCGAGAAACAAUAACAAAUGAAGAAAGGUUUAUGUUUCGCAGACUUGGCCUGAGAAUGAAUGCAUUUUUACCUCUUGGGAGGCGGGGAGUUUUUGACGGUGUAGUUGAAAAUAUGCACUUGCAUUGGAAGCAUAGAGAAUUGGUGAAAAUUAUUUCAAAAGGAAACAGUUUCGCAUGUAUUGAAGACAUAGCAAGAACCUUGGAGGCUGAAAGUGGGGGAAUAUUAGUAACAGUUGAGAGAGUAUCCAAGGGUUAUGCUAUGAUAUUUUACCGUGGGAAGAAUUAUCAGCGUCCAACUAAUUUGAGGCCACAAAACCUCCUAAACAAGAGAAAAGCAUUAAAACGCUCACUCGAGAACCAACGGAAAGAGUCAUUGAGUUUUCACAUAUACCAGCUGGAGCAGAACAUAAAACAGUUGAAGCUGGACCUCAACAAGGCAGAUUAUGUGGAUGAGGGUACACAUGCUCCAGAUUCAAACUCAGAACUGGAAACUGAAUACUCUUAUACAUUUUUAGAGACUGAUGAUGAAGAGUCAGACAGCGAACAUUUUUACAGUUACAGUGAAAAUGAAGAUACAUCUUCUGGACAUGACUCAGAGAUGGAUGCAGUUGAGGCAGUCCAAAAAUCUGAGCCUGAGACUGGAUUACAGGACCAUAUGAGCAAAGAGUUCGAUCCAAUCUUUAGUGGAUGAAUCAGUGGAGAGAAGUGAUUGAAGUAAAGUUAUAAAGCUUGUUUCGAUCCUUAAAUUGAAGGAACCAAAGGUAUUGAGAAGGAAUAGAAUCUGGUCUUUCAGUGUGGGAAUUCUUUCAAUAAGAGAUUUUUGUGAAGAUAAUCAGGGGAUAGUUUUGAAUGAUCCAAAGAUUUUGGCAUUCUGUGGAAUCUAUACAACCAUGGUUUCUUUGUGGGAUUUGUACUCGAAUUUGGUAGCACAAGGACAUUCAAAUUAUCAAUUAAACAACCUGCUACUGAGAAUGGUCUUGUUUUGGCCACAUUAGCAGUGUGCUAGUUGUAACAUCUGUUGCAAAAUGAGGGUUUCUGUGCUUGGGCCUUAAGAAUGACAGAAGGUCCAAUCUUGGUUAAUCAUAAUUGGCAUCUAUAAGAUAUUCCAUUCAGUUCAA